AUGAUGCAUUGGACAACAUCAACAACAACAGCAGCAGCAGCUACACUUGGUAGUGGUAUUAAAGGAGGGACUACCUUUGCAUCAAGAAAUAUCCGCCAACUAGCUUCAAAGUUGGUUAAACCUUUGGUUGUUGCAACAUCGACUUGUCAAUUACCUCCUCUUCCUCAGUCUUCCUCCUCUUCUCUAUUAUCCUCUUCAUUCAAAAAGACAAAGACAAACCAAUUUGGAUAUUCUCACAAGUUUUCUUCGGUAUUGUCAGAAUCCAGCAAUAAGAAGAAUGGUAGUUUCUAUGUAUCUUCAUUUGGAAGUAACCCUUAUACUACCAUUACAACUUCAAAUAGAUUAUAUUCAACUUUAAACAAUAAUAAUAAUAUUAACAACAACAAUAACAAUUCUAACAAUAAUGAAAAGAAUGAACAACAAGAAGAACAAAAACAAGAACAAGAAGAAAAAGGACAAGAACAACAAGGAAAAUUUAAACCAGGAUUUAAAGAAUUAAGAAGUGUAAUUUUAUUGGUUUCAUUGGUAUCUGGUACUGGUAUGGCAACCUACAACUUGUUGUAUGGUGAUGAUUUACAAAAGAAUAUCGCCGACAGUAGUUAUAUUCGAAAUAUAAGAGUAUUGUUGGCUGGUCUAUCUGUCACUUUUUACUACAAAUACUAUCUCUAUGGUUUAGAGAGAGGUGAUAAAGAGUUUCCAGAGCAAGCCAAGAUUGCAAACAAAUUGGCUGCAGAGGCAUUAGUUGAAUUGUGUCAAAAAAACAAAGGAAUAUUUAUUAAAUUUGCUCAAAUCCUUUCAUCUUUGGAUCAUUUACUUCCAGUUGAAUAUACAAGUGCUUUAACUGUUUUCCAAGAUCAUUUCUUCACAAAUAAUGUAAUAGCACCAUAUGAACCAUUUGAAGAGGUUGUAAGAUUAUUUAUGGAAGAGACUGGUAAACAUCCAGAUGACUUUUUCGAGGAUUUUGAACGUACACCAAUUGCCAGUGCAUCACUUGCACAAGUACACAAGGCUAAUCUUCGUCUUCCAAACGGAGAGGUUAGAGAAGUAGCCGUAAAGGUUCAAUAUCCAGAUCUAACUGAAAGAUUUGAAAAGGAUAUUGAAUCUAUUUAUAAUACAAUGAUUUAUAUUAAUUGGUUUUUCCCAAAGUUUCAAUUUAGUUGGAUAUUACCAGAGGCAACAAGUUGUUUGAAUCAAGAAUUGGAUUUCGUCAACGAGGGAAAGAAUUCUGAAAAGAUUGCAUCUCUAUUCCACGAUAACCCACAACUCUACAUUCCAAAGGUUUAUUGGGAUCACACCACCAGACGUAUUCUAACUAUGGAGUUUAUUCAUGGUGUCAGAAUUGACAACAAAAAGGCAUUGACAGAGAUGGGAAUUGACUUUAAACAACUUUAUUAUUUAUUUUCAGAAGUAUUUGCUGAGCAAAUAUUUGUACAUGGAUUUUUACACAGUGAUCCACACCCAGGUAAUAUUUUAAUUAGAAAAAAGAAUGGAAAACCUGAAAUGGUGUUACUCGAUCAUGGAUUAUAUAAAAAGAUUGAUGAAAAGGCUAGCGAACACUAUGCCAGAGAGUUGGGUGCAGGAGAGUAUGCUAAACAUUUGGGUGUCCUUUUAAAUCUCAGACCAGAGAAAUCAAGAGAAAACUUGAGAAAUAUGGUCAAGGAAUUGGGUGAACAAACUCUUACCGCCGUAACAGAUAUUUUAAAAAGUUUGCCAAAAGAAAUUCUUUUGGUUUUAAAAACAAAUAAUUUAAUAAGACAAAUCACAACACAUUUUAGAAUCGAAAAUGGAUUCCUUUUAAUGGCCAAAUCAUGUAUCAAGGGUAUCCAUCAACCCGAUAGUAUCAUUUCAUCGAUCAAUAUCAAGUUGCUUGAAUUUUCAACAAAAGCUUUACAAAUUUGCUUCACCACCUCGUUGUCUAGUAUUACUCAACUACAGAAUGACCUAAGAAAUGACUAUAUCAGUACUAGAAGUCGCCAAAUUGUUGUAAAGCAUUUGGAUCUAGUGAUUCUGUCGUUGAGUGAGGACAAGGUUGAAAAUCCAACAACCUCAAGAGCACACGAACUCGUUAGCACAUUUAAACAAAGCCCAUCCAAACUCAAAUAUAUCAUAGUCAAAGACCGAGAAGAUGCACGAAGAUAUAUUGCAUUGUUGCGGAGGUAUUUCACAGAUCAAUCUCUUGACGAGUCUAUGGCAAAACUGACAAUCAAGGAUAAAAAACCAAUAAUACUUCAAAGUCUACUUAUUCGAGACGCCCUUCUUCCCGAGCUUGUCGAUGUGCUGACCAAAUUAAAGGUAUUUCAAAUAUCUGUUUCUACACAUGUACAAAAGGUGACUCUAUUUGGUUCAUUAUCCCCAACCGACUUUUGGCAACAAUUUGAAACAGCGUACUCUUCGGACGACAAGCUAAAACAAUUACCAUCAAUCUCUGAUAUCAAAGAGGUGGUUGAGUAUCAUGGGGGAUUAGAGGGCGGUUCAUUUAUCGAGCAAUCAGCCACGGCAGGCGGAUCUUUCAACAGUUGUGAUAUCGAUCUAGACUCUAUCCCUAUAGAGUUCCGAACUAAGACGGAUUUUAAUGGUAGAACUAUCGGCGGAUUUAUUCGUGCCAAUGAAAAGACUUAUAUUAUCACAGCAUGUCAUGUCGUAUGCAAUUUGAAAAUUGUAGGAUGUCAAUGUCCUGAUUGUAUAAAGGCACCUGACCCAGAUGCCUUUCAAAGUAAUAAUCUUUUCAGAGGACAAUAUGAAGACACUUAUAUUGACGUAGCAUUUUUACCUGUUAAAGAUCAAAAUCUAUCUUUUAUGAAUCCUUUGGCUUCUGAUUAUUCUAAUGAUGCACUCUCCGACUACUGGCAAGAAUAUGUCAAAGAAACUCAUGAUGAGAACUGGUACCGACCAUCAAAUAGCUUUCCACCAGGAACGGACAUUACCAAGAUAGGGCUUACCAGUGGUUUUACCAAAGGUAGUCUGGUAGAUGUGCAAACCACAUGGAUGGAUACACAGCACCCCAAAUUACGCAAUCGGAUGGUAGCUGUUCGGGGAAUGCCAAAUCAGCACUUUACUCGCAAUGGAGAUUCGGGCUCAGUUUACUAUGCCACCCAAGGUUGUAUGAGUUAUCCCAUAGCCAUACACUGUGGGGUCUCUUUAUGUCCCACAAUUUUAGUGCCACCAGUAAAAUUGUCAUAUAUCUCUCCAGUAAGCAAAAAGGAGGAAACUUCAAAUUUCCAGCUUGGACAUGUAUCGUAUGGAUCUAAUCUUCGCGUCGCGAUUGAUUGGUGGAUGGCAAAAAACGAAGAAAUCACAAAAAUUGAAUGGCUUAUGGUUCAUCAUUCAACGAAACAUAUAGCAACAUCAGCAAAGAUUUCAGAUAAAAUAUUAAAGAGUCAUUUAUUACCAAAGAUUGAAUCGAUUAUUGAUAAAAAAAAUGUCUCAUAA